AAUUGAAGUUUCCUUCACCAUCAUAGUUUGGGUAUGGAGGAAAGCAAACGAAAUGGUCUGAGACUCUGAGCCACAGAGCUAAAUCCGUUUAUUUAUGAUGAGACAUGCGAAGGGUUGAAAGCCAUUUAAUAGGGUGUCAUUCGAUGAGGGGAAAUAACUAUAAGAAACAGAUAGGUCGUUGAGCAAUAAAAUGCAACAUCCAAACAACCCACAGGCAGAAAAGCCAGAAUGUAUUGCAGAAAUAAUGGAUAUUCACCUAAUCGACGAAUCGCCAUCCAAUGCACUCUAACUCCCCCAUCUACCCAUUUGAACUUGAGAACAAGGCACAAUUUCGUGUCUGUGGGAGUUGUGUAGAGUUUGAUUGUUGGUUCUUUCAAGCUCUGCUUGCAAGUUUUGUGAGCAUCAAUGGCAGGACUUCUUUCAGCUGUCAGGAGACUCUAUCUUGCAACAUACAACUGGGUGGUUUGUGCAGGCUGGUUGCAGGUUCUCUAUUUUGCUGUCUUAACAUUGAGAGAGUCUAGUCCUACUGCAGUUUAUGGAGCAGUUGAAAAACCUUUGCAGUUCGCUCAAACAGCAGCCAUUUUGGAAAUAUUCCAUGGUCUUGUAGGACUUGUGAGAUCUCCCAUCUCAGCAACUCUUCCUCAAAUAGGCUCAAGGCUGUUCGUUACUUGGGGAAUCUUGCAUAGUUUUCCUGAGGUGAGGACCAGUUGGAUUGUUAGCAGCCUGGUGAUUAGUUGGUCAUUAACGGAGAUAAUUCGAUAUUCUUUCUUUGGACUGAAAGAGGCGUUUGGUUAUACCCCAGCAUGGCUUCUAUGGCUUCGGUAUAGCACCUUCUUUGUUAUGUACCCAACUGGCAUUUCUAGUGAAGUUGGACUGAUCUAUAUAGCCUUGCCAUAUAUUAAGAACUCUGACUUGUAUUGCUUAAGGAUGCCAAACAAGUUCAACUUUGGAUUUGACUAUUUCUAUGCUUCACUUCUUGUACUAGCUGUCUAUGUACCAGGAAGUCCGCAUAUGUAUACCUAUAUGAUAGGACAGAGAAAGAAAGCUUUAUCGAAAUCCAGAAAGUCUGAUUGAUGCUAGUUUUGCCCGUUGGAAAAUUAGUGAGAUGAUAAAACACUAUGGAACAGUAUCUUAAAAAUAAUAGCGUAAGGCAUUGACUAUUGUACUGAAAAACAUGUAUGCAAUCUCAUUUUGUUGGGAUGGAAAUUCUUCUUCUCGUCCUAUUGUGCAUGUUUAUGCUUUUUAAUCUACAAAGAGAAAGAAAAAUAUCUAAAAAAGUGCGGGUA